AUGAGGACCGUCCUUCUUCUCGCUGUGCUAGGAUGCGCCGUUUCGGCUCUUGUCCAGGUUUAUCUGGCAAAUCAAUCCCAAAAGACCGUUCUGUUUCAGGUCCCUCUUCAAAAAGUCGAGCCCAUUCGUAACCGAAUGAUCCGCGAAGGAACUUGGGCUGAGUACCGGAAAAAGAAGGACAUUCGCACGUUGAUGAUUAGCAAAGACGCUUCUGUUCCACAGCAGGUAUCGCAACCUUUUUUAAAGGCCCUGGAUUGAAAACAAAUAUACAUGUCGAAAGUAAGAUCUUAAAAUUGAAUAAGGCAUUCUUAUUAUCCUUUUCUCUGUGACCAUCAAACAUUUUUUGUUAGCACCAGCUGAAACGAGGUGUCUUGAAUGAUGUGAAACAAAAUUGAAAACCUUUCAGAAUGUUUUCUAUCCUUUUUUCGACACACUUUAAACGAUUUUGAAGAUUGAGAUAUUAUUUCAUUGAAAAAUAAAAAAGUUACACUUACAAUACAAAGUUAUAAAAUAUAAAACUUCCGCAGAAAAAAAUAACGAUCGCAAAAAAAGACAUUAUUUGAUUUCAAGGUUAACGACUACGAAGAUGAAGCCUACAUCGGAAACAUUACAAUCGGUACUCCUGAACAGCAAUUCACGGUAAACUGCUAAUCAAUUUCGAACAGACAAAUGUUAUUUUGCAGGUAAUCUUGGACACGGGCUCUGCCAACUUGUGGAUUCCAGACAUUACGUGUGGAACCAAGCCCGGAAAUUGCAACCAAGGCGCUUGCAAAGGAGGUUGGUUUCCAUUCGUUUCUCUUCAAGACAGCUUUGUUCAGCCUUGUGCCAGUUUGAGUGUCCGGAUCAGGCUUGCUGUGGAGCAGGACCUAACUACACCGACUCCUGCCUCCAGCAGAACAAGUUCGACGCCUCCAAGUCCUCUACCUACGUCAAGAACGGACGCAACUUCAUCAUUGAGGUGCGAAUCGCUUUCUUACAAGCAAGAUUGAGGAGAAUUCAGUAUGGAACUGGAUCAGCGAAAGGGUUUUUGGGACAAGACACAGUCAGAUUUGGUGGCAUCGGCCAGGCCCAACUCGUUGUGCCCAACACUGUCUUCGGCCAGGCGACUAGCCUUGCAGCCUUCUUCGAAGGAGUAAAGCCUCGCUAAUCUGCUGAGAAAAGUAUAUGUUCAGCAACCUCUCGAUGGAAUUCUCGGCCUCGCUUUCCAGACUAUCGCCGUCGACCAGGUCACUCCUCCCUUCAUCAACGCCAUCAACCAGGUCGGUCCAAAAAACUUCUGAGGAUAUCUGUGACUUUUUAUAGAACCUUGUGGACCAGCCGUUGUUCACCGUGUUCCUGGAGCACGAAGGCGAUGCUAACAACGUGCCUGGAGGCGUCUACACGUAUGGAGGAAUAGAUACCACCAACUGCGGACCUCUCAUCGCCUACCAGCCGCUUUCUUCCGCUACUUAUUACCAAUUCAAGGUUUUCAAGUAAGACUAAGUGAAUCAACUUCCUUCUUGAGAUGAGCGCUGUGAAAGCAGGCUCCUACUCCUCGAACAAAGGCUGGCAGGUCAUCUCUGACACAGGAACAUCGCUUCUUGGAGCUCCUCAAGCUGUCGCGACCGCCAUUGGAAGCGCGCUCGGGGGCACGGUAAGAUCUUGAAGAAAGGUUCUUCGAAAGUUCUUCGAUUUUCAGUGGAACGCUGAUUACGGAGUCUACAUCAUCCCCUGUGCGGCGCAGAUUGGUUCCAUCGACCUGACUAUAGGCAGCAACGUCUACUCUAUUCAGCCCAAGAACAGCAUCGUCCCUCUCGGUGAGUCUGAGACUACGGGUCAGAGACCGAAAUCUUCAAGGCGAUGGAAGUAGCAACUGCAUUUUGACAAUCUUCCCCUUCAACAACUUCGGAUUCGGACCUAGCUGGAUUCUCGGCGAUCCCUUCAUUCGCCAAUAUUGCAACGUCAGUUGAACUUUUCUGGACAAACUGUUUUUUUUUUUUUAAAGAUCUACGACGUUGGAAAUCAGCAAGUUGGAUUCGCUCCUUCCCUUCAAAAGUAG